UAGAUUUAUUCAAGCAGCUCAGACGUCUUUUGCUGAAGUUGUUGUUGCCACCAACCAUUUUUCUCUCGUUGUGGCAGAAUCAAGCAAGAUGGGCAAGUCCAAGAAGCGCUCGAAUGCGUCUACUACUGCUAGCACCCUGAUCAAGGGAUACUUGCCUGUCCGAGUGAAACUCCCUGAACCACCUGUUGGAAGCAAGGAGGGCAGCGAAAGGCUCGAUGAAACUUUUUUCUUCGUCAAAGAACAUCAAGGCGGGAAUUCCAGUGAUGAUAAGAAGGGAGGCAGGACCCUCUUUGUUGCAAAUGCCCCCGCUGUUCCUGGAGUGACGACAAAGCUUCUGUUGACAAACCUAUUAGGUCGGUAUGGGGAAAUAGAAAGAGUCACCCUUGUGGGUAAUCCACGCAAACAGGAAUCUUCCUCAUCCGACGCAGUUGCGCUGGUGUCGUCGGACUGGAAACCCUUCUUUCCAACGUUUCAAGGACCCAUUCACGCUUCGGAAAAGUUUGCUCAUGUGGUGUUCUCUUCCAGUCAGCGUAUGCGAAAAGCUCUGCAGGCAGUGAACGAGCUCAUGGCUGGAAAGGACGACAAGUUGCCAGGGAUUCAACUCGAAAAACUGGACUUGCAAAUGUUGAGAGAUGAAACGGAUCGACUCUAUCAGAAGGAAACCGUUGAUAUGGACGACGAGCUCGAAAUCGACAAUAAGCCGAAGCAAAUCGGGGUUGUGGCAUUGGUACAACGAUACAGGGCAAGCUACCAACGAUUGGACCGUGCCAAGUUGCUGGCAAAAUGCAACGAAGUAAUGCAAGAAUACGAAGACAAAGAAGAGGAACAGCGUUUGUCAAGAGAGGAGGCCGCCAAUCAACCGGAUGACGAUGGUUUCAUUACUGUAACCUCAAAAUCCGUGGGAGUCGAAAGUGGUAAGCAUCAGCUGGAAAAAGACAAGGGGGCGCCCCCCAGUGGGCGUCGCCAACACAAGCGGAACCGAAAGAAGAAGCAAGGCAUUGGUGCCACCGAGUUGCAAGACUUUUAUCGAUUUCAACGGAAGGAAACUCGAAAGAGAACUCUGCAAGAUCUUCGACUGCAAUUUGAAGAGGACCUAAAAAAGGUCAAAAAGAUGAAAGAUGAGAAACAGUAUAAACCCUUCUAAUCCUUUCGUUACCGUAUGGCUGUAACGUUGUACCGCCCGAGAAAUCUAGUAGUGAUAGUCUCUUCUUAUUGAUUUGUUCAGUACCGGGGCAGUUUUGCUUUCCAUGUUGCACC